CGACAAUCGACAUUAUUUUCACUCGAAAUGUCUAAAUUCUAGUGAAUCGAAUUUACGAUAUUUCAUCCGGUCUUAUGUAAGAAACGGAUCGAACUUCAAAUAUUCACUUUCAGGUUAUGCGAAAUAUAACCGACAUUGGUCGUUUGGUCUACCGUGAUAGCAGCUGAUAUAAGAUAAUUUUUAACAGUAAACAAUGGGAGGGGGCAGAUAAAUGUAGAUAGUAGAGAUAAGCUAUUUAUAUUUUCCAGUGACAAUUUGUACCUCUUCGUUGAUGGGUUUUAAACGUUUUUUUUACUGUUACCUGCUACAGAAUAAUUUGGGGAUGAAAAAUUAUCAUUUUUGCUUAGGAAUUCGGAUUCCAGAUCAUUUCUUACAUAACGAAAUUACUUCUGUCCAACUACGAUGAUUAUCAUUUAAAGUAUUCCAUAUUUUGAUAAAUAAGUCUUAUUCAAAUCAUGAAGGCGACCAAAGAACCGGUUAUUCUGUUGUAUUUACUGUCGUGCACGUUAUUUUCAAACUUGUUAUACUUGUAUGGAUUUUUCUCGUUUGAUCAUAAUGAUAACGUCAAGUCUACAUUAAAUGAUAUUCCAUCUACAAUUCAACGUGGUCAAAAUGACUCGGAUUAUUGGCGUUUUGAUUCUCAACGCCUAUACCAUAAGUCAGUAAACAAAGUAGUUUUGAUGAUUAUUGAUGGAAUUCGUUAUGAUUUCUUUACUGAACCUGAGUUUUAUGAGCACAUGCCAUUUGUUACUAAACGUAUUAACCGUAACCAAAGUUGUUUAUAUCGUACCAGAGUAAAUGCACCUACAGUUACAAUGCCCAGAAUAAAAGCACUAAUGACUGGCACGGUUCCAAAUUUUAUUGAUAUUGUGCUGAACCUGGGUACAGCAGCACUUAAACAAGACAGUAUCAUUAGUCAAGCUCGUGGAGCCAACAAAACAUUGGUAUUUUACGGAGAUGAAACAUGGUUAAAACUGUUUCCAAAAUCAUUUAUAAGAUCUGAUGGCACUACAUCAUUCUAUAUAUCUGAUUAUACUGAAGUUGAUCAUAACAUCACACGACAUCUAGAUCAUGAAUUAAGACCCACAGCUGAUUGGGACAUAAUGAUACUUCAUUAUUUAGGACUCGAUCAUAUAGGUCACAUGGCAGGACCUAGGAGUUCUUUAAUGCCAAACAAAUUAUUGGAGAUGGAUAAUAUUAUAAAACGUAUCAUAGAUAAGUUGGAAGCCAGUACUUCUGAAUUACCAUCAGUGUUAAUUGUGUGUGGGGAUCAUGGAAUGCGUGAUAAUGGUGGUCAUGGGGGCUCAUCACCUGGUGAGGUAGUAGUACCACUGUUUUUAAACAUCCAAAACACAAACUGUGGUGGUAAAAUCGAAGGGGAAGUUUUGCAAAUUGAUUUUGCUCCAUCGCUUUCUGCUAUUAUGGGUCUACCAAUACCUUCAGGGAAUAUAGGAAAAAUUAUAAAAAAUGUUUUGGGACAUCUUAACGUUAAUGAAAUACUCUAUGCGUAUCAUUAUAAUGCACAACAAGUAUAUAAAAACUAUGUUGCAAAAAGUGGUUCUUUAAAAACAGAUUUUAUAAAAGCUUAUAACAAAGCCACAAUGCAAUACUAUAAUUGGUUAAAAGAAGAAGCGACAUCUCAUGAUCAUGCGCUUCAAAUCAUAGAUUUAUAUGAUUAUGCACUUAGUGGUAUGAGAACUUAUCUUGUUGAUUCGGUUGGAAAAUUUGACUUAUUCCUUGUAAUUAGCUCCAUAACAUUAAUUGGACAGGUAUGGUUGAAACUUCUUGAUUUUCAGUGCAAACAUAUGAAUUCCAUAAAAAUAAAAUAUUUAGCACUUAUGUUGAUAAUUCGUUGGGGAGCCUGUAUUUGGUUACAAUGUGAAAGUAUUGUAUGUGAAUUUACUUUAGUACCUAAUAUGCUAACAGUUGUCAUCGCCGCCAUGUUCAUAAUAAAUUUUAGCAGUUUUUUUCAAUGGAAUUUUUUUCAAGUGUGUUCAGUGGCGUCUAGUAAAGUGAUAAGUAAUUUUAAUGUUAAUUUCUUAUAUGUCCUUUCUGGAAUGUUGAUCCACGUAUUCAGUUCUUCUUCAUCUAGCUUCAUUGAAGAAGAAAACCAACUUCUCUAUCAUCUUUGGGCCGGGUUUUCAGCUAUUCAAAUUUACAGUGCAUUCAGUAAACAAAGCUAUUUAAAAAUGAUUAAAUGGUUUAUAUGUAUGUUGUUACAUCGAUUCUGCAAAGAUUUAAAUUAUGCUAGUAAUCAGUGGUCAGAAUUAUAUAGUCUAGGAGACUGGUUCCGAGAACCACAAAACAAAAUAUAUUUGACGGCACUUCUGACUUUGGGACUCAUUUGUAUUUUUAUUACCUGUGUUGAUGUACACAAAGUUGGUUUGAGCAACAAUCAAUUUGAUUUAUUAAGUGUGUUAUCUAUUAUCUUAUGCUUUUGGACAUUGUGCUGCAUUUUUGUAUACAGAGUAGAAACAGGAGAAGUUUUUGCUCCAUAUGGCCAUCAUAUACUAGCACUUGUGUUUCCUCUGUCAUCAUGGUCUUGGGCUUGGUAUAUACUGGCCGGAUGUCGUCUUUUAUCAGUAAUAAUACAAUCCAAACACUAUAACCAAAAAUGGGAUAAUUCAGUCUGUUCGUUGAUCGUUUUGUUGUUGUUACGAGUUGCACUCUUAUUAAGGCCACAUAAUAUGUUGAUACCAUAUGUCUUAGUGUUCACGUGCAAACUUUUAAGACUAGAAAAGUGGAGUGUUUUGACAAUAACAAUACUUCACUAUUGGUUGUCGCUAAUUUUUUUCUUCUAUCAGGGUAACUCAAAUAGUGUGGGUACGAUUGAUAUUGUACCUGGAUUCAUUGGGCAAACUGAUUACAAUCUAGUCGUGGCUGCGAUUCAUGUUUACACUCAUACAUUUGGUCUUCCACUACUGGUUUAUUUUUUCCUAAUACUUGAUCACAAAUUUUCAGGACUACACAAAUUGUGUGUACUGAGUGUUUCUCAAACAUUAACGUAUGAAAUAAUUAUCUUGUUCUUUCGCAAUCACUUGUUUAUCUGGUCAGUAUUUUCUCCAAAAUUGCUUUAUGUUGUGACUUUUUCAUUAACUACAUACUUUUUUUCUACAAUCAUUAUUAUUUUAAUGACAUUAUGUGGAAGAAAUAUUUACCAAGACUUCAAAUAUAAUCAUUUAUUUUAAAACUGAUUUCAUGCUGUAAUAAAAAAAUUGUAUAUGUUUUAUGUACCUAAAUUUUAUAUUAAUGGCAUAUAUAAGA